AUGUGGAGACUCUUGAAUAACCUUAUCCCUACGGCAGCAAACCUUAAGAGACAUGGAAUUCCGAUUGAUGGUAUUUGUGCAAGAUGCGGAGAUAGAUGGGACACUGAGCACAACAUUCUUCACUGCCCGAAGAGCCACAAAGUGUGGCGCGAGUCCAGUUUCUGGAAGGAGAUUCAACAGUCACAGGGGAUGGUGUUUGUUGACGUUGUUUCAAUGGUGUUUAAGAUCUGGAAUAGGGAGGGCUAUGACCUUUGGUGCAUCAUGGUGUGGCAGAUUUGGGUCAACAUCUGCAAAGAAGGCCAUAAAGAAGUUGCUGACAAGUUCGGGCAGGGCACCGACUGUGAUGUUUCCGAAGAGACUUGUGCGACCCUCCUUGAUGUUUUCAUUGAAGCACAGCCGACUUUCAGGGGUGAGGCUCUCCUUGGGGUUGAGCUUGGGAAGAACAAAUGGUUUCCACCCAGACCAGGCAUCUUUCGGGUUGACGUGGAUGCGAUGUUUGAUGAAGAGAAGGGGUGUUUUGGUGUUGGGAUCAUUGUGAGAGACCACGAGGGGCGUGUUUGCAAUGCCGUCUCAAAGAAAACGAAAGCCUCCUCAAGUGUGAUGAUGGCAGAGAUUAUGGCCAUUGUGCAUGGGAUUUUGGCAUGCAUUGAACUCGAGCUGGGGCAGGUUGAGCUUUUCACUAAUUCUUUGCUCGCGGCUCGAGCUAUGGCGACGCCCGAGGAAGACAAGACGUACCUGCCUGAUGACGUUUGUGACAUCCUUGGGGUGGCUCGCAAGAAUUUCCUCCUCCGGGUUAGCCACAUGUAUCGCUCGGCCAAUAGAGCCGCACAUAGUCUUGCGCAGUUUGCAAGAACUCUUGACAGUCCGUGCUGUUGGACGGAGAGUCUCCCUAGAUGGUUAGGGCCUUUUGUAAUUGACGACAUGGUUUGA